AUCAAAAGGCCCUUUCAGCAAAGUUCGCGCUGGUCCUGGUAGGGGUCGGAAGCGUAAGAUCGUCCUGUCCAGCCAGUCAGCAGCAUCAGAAGGAGGAUACCUGGAGCAGACAGAUAUCUUGGACUUCUGCAGAGAUGGCAGCACCACCUUGAAGUUUAAUAAGAAAACCAAAGGGCUUAUAGAUGGCCUUACUAAAUUCUUCACUCCCUCUCCUGAUGGGCGAAAAGCUCGAGGGGAAGUAGUAGACUAUUCUCAGCAGUACAGGAUCAGGAAAAAGGGUACCAGGAAAUCUAGCACUUCAGAAUGGCCCACAGACAAUCAAGAUGGCUGGGAUGGAAAGCAAGAAAGUGAAGAGCGUUUUUUUGGGACCCAGGAUGUCUUAACUGAAAAAGACAUGGAGUUGUUUAGAGAUAUUCAGGAACAAGCACUGCAGAAAGUAGGGGUGACUGGGCCUCCUGAUCCACAAGUCCGCUGCCCUUCUGUCAUCGAAUUUGGCAAGUUUGAAAUCCAGACCUGGUACUCCUCCCCGUAUCCACAGGAGUACUCGAGGCUUCCCAAGUUGUACCUUUGUGAAUUCUGUCUAAAGUACAUGAAAAGCAGAACUAUUCUCCAACAGCAUAUGAAAAAAUGUGGCUGGUUUCAUCCCCCGGCCAAUGAAAUCUACAGAAAAAACAAUAUUUCAGUCUUUGAGGUUGAUGGCAAUGUCAGCACUAUCUACUGCCAGAAUUUGUGCUUGUUAGCCAAACUCUUCUUGGAUCACAAGACUCUCUAUUACGAUGUGGAGCCAUUUCUUUUCUACGUGCUGACACAGAAUGAUAUUAAGGGCUGUCAUCUUGUUGGCUACUUUUCCAAGGAAAAACACUGCCAACAGAAGUACAAUGUCUCCUGUAUAAUGAUUCUUCCACAAUACCAGCGUAAGGGCUAUGGCAGGUUCCUAAUCGACUUCAGCUAUUUGCUUUCAAAGCGUGAGGGUCAAGCAGGAUCACCAGAGAAGCCCCUGUCAGACCUGGGGCGCCUCUCAUACAUGGCUUACUGGAAAAGUGUAAUAUUGGAGUGCCUUUAUCAUCAACGUGACAAGCAAUUAAGCAUCAAGAAAUUGAGUAAACUGACUGGAAUCUGCCCUCAAGAUAUCACUUCCACUCUGCAUCACCUACGAAUGCUUGACUUCCGUAGUGAUCAGUUUGUGAUAAUUCGUCGUGAGAAGCUUAUCCAGGAACACAUGGCAAAGCUCAGAACUAACGUCCGACCGAUAGAUGUAGAUGCAGAAUGUCUGCGUUGGACACCUGUUAUAGUUUCCAAUUCAGUUGUCUCUGAAGAUGAAGAAGAGGAAACAGAGGAUGGGGAAAAUGAAGAGCAACAACAGCAGAAAGAAAAGGAUCCAGAGCCCAGUAUGGUAAAAUCUGUGUCAUGGGAGAAGAAAGAGCAGGAGCCUUACUCACAUACAGAGGGUGAAAAAAAGCCAGACAUUGUUGCUCCAGCCAAUUCUGCACGACCAAACAAGCACAUUUUCCCCCUGGAUAGUCUUCCUGCAAACAGUCAGCCAUCACGAAGAGGUCGGUGGAACCGCAAGAGCAAAAAACUUCGUGAGCCCUUUUGUGAGAAGGAGCCUGUAUUGUCCAUUGAGGACCAAGCAGCAGUUCCCAGUGGGCGAUGCAGUGAAUGUGAGGAGAAAUCAGCAGCCUCACGGGGCAGAUGCAGUGACUGUGAGGAGAAGUCAGCGCCUUUGCAAGGAAGAUGUGGGGAAUGUGAGGAGAAGUCUCCAGCCUCUAGAGGACGGUGUACUGAAGAUGAGGAAAAAUCUGCAGUUUCCCAGGGACAGUAUGGCAAAGGUGAAAAAUCUGCAAUUCCCCGUCGGCGGCACAGCGAGGGUAUGGAAAGGUGGAGGGGGCAGUUGAAAAAGAACACGGAGCCCCUGAAGUGCAGAUUCUCUGAGGACUGCGACAGAUUACCACGCCGCUACAGUGACAGUGACAGGGCAGUUCUGAGGUGUUUUAGUGAGAGUAGUGAAGAGGAAGAUGAUGAGCCUGUGAGUCCUCGAUCGAGCUCUCCACCUGUUCUCACCAAGCCAACAUUAAAACGAAAGAAACCAAUUCUUCCUCGGAAGAGGCGAGUCCGCAAGCGUAAGCACCACAACAGCAGUGUUGUCACCGAGACAAUCUCCGAGACCACAGAAGUGCUGGAUGAACCAUUUGAGGACUCAGACUCUGAACGACCAAUGCCCCGAUUAGAGCCUACAUUUGAAAUUGAGGAGGAGGAAGAGGAGGAGGAGGAUGAAGAGGAGGAAAGUGAACUUUCAUCCAGUGGAUACUUUCGGCACUUAGCCCCACCAGACACACUCAGGCAUAGACCCCCUUCUAAGAGGAAGUCCAAAGAUGAGGAGGAGUCUGAUGACAAUAAUGGUAACCCACCUUUGAAACCAUUAUCUGUGCUGAGGAAAUGCGAAGCCAAGGAUUCUCCACUUGAGCCAGAUACUUCCACACCCAUGAAAAAGAAGAAGGGAUGGCCCAAAGGGAAAAGCCGAAAACCAGUGCACUGGAAGAAAAGACCUGGUCGAAAACCAGGUUUUAAACUGAACCGGGAAGAGGUGCCACCAUCAGUUCAGGAUGAAGGAGUCGAUGAAGUGCUAGCUAAUUCAAAACCAGGGCGUAAGCCUAAGAUUUCAGAUAAAGAAGAAUGUGUUGAGCAGAAAGAAGACCUGCCUCUUGUCGAGGAGCGGAAAGAGGAGGAUGUAAAUAUGGAAGCAGAAGAGGUAGGAGAGGGAGAAGAGGAAGAUACAGCCAGCAGCGAAGUAAGAGCAGUUUCUCCUGUGGAUAGCAACAGCAGUCCAGUGCCAGAAGUAAAAGAGCCUGAGAUAGAAGAGGAAGCAGAUGAGAAGCCACAGAUUUUAGAAGAGCAAAGGCAAUCAGAAGAAGAGCAGCAAGAAUUAGAAGAACAUGAGCAUGACCAUGAGGAAGAAGAGGAAGUUGCAGUAGUGACAAAUCAAAAUGAAGAUCAUGAUGCUGAUGAUGAAGAUGAUGGUCAUUUGGAGUCUGUGAAGAAAAAAGAAUUGGAGGAACAGCCUGUUAGAGAAGGGGUAAAGGAGGAGCCUCAGGGGCAAGAAUGUUUUUUAGAAACAACUGCACCAAGCAGUAGAGAAGAUGCAAAAGGAAAAGAUGAAGCAGAGGCAGAUUCUGAGGAAGAGCAGGCUUCCAAUGAGACAUCAGUGGGCUCAGAGAACGUCCCUGGCUCUGAAGAUGAUCAUGAAGAAGAACAAAGUAAUAAAGAAGGGUUAAUUGAAUUAAAGGAAGAGGAAGAGAUUCCUCAUAGUGAACUAGAUCUUGAAACUGUUCAAGCAGUCCAGUCCUUGACACAGGAGGAAAGCAAUGAGCAUGAUGUAGCUUACCAGGACUGUGAAGAAACUCUUGCAGCUUGUCAGACUUUGCAGAGUUAUACCCAAACUGAGGAGGAUCCUCAGAUAUCAAUGGUUGAAGAUUGCCAGGCCUCAGAACACAACAGUCCAAUAUCCUCUGUUCAGUCCCACCCCAGCCAGUCUGUGCGUUCUGUCAGCAGCCCAAAUGUGCCUGCUCUAGAGAGCAGUUACACCCAGAUAAGUCCUGAACAAGGAUCCCUGUCCGCACCCUCUAUGCAGAACAUGGAGACCAGCCCCAUGAUGGAUGUGCCUUCAGUAUCGGACCACUCUCAGCAGGUGGUGGAUAGUGGCUUCAGUGACCUUGGCAGCAUUGAGAGCACUACAGAGAAUUAUGAAAACCCCAGCAGCUAUGACUCCACUAUGGGAGGCAGCAUUUGUGGAAAUAACUCUUCCCAGAGCAGCUGUUCAUAUGGAGGACUGUCUUCUUCGAGCAGCCUCACUCAGAACAGUUGUGUUGUCACUCAGCAAAUGGCAAAUAUUGGCAGCAGUUGCAGCAUGAUGCAGCAAAACACUGUCCAGCCUGCAGCAAACUGUAAUAUCAAGUCACCUCAGAGCUGUGUAGUAGAAAGGCCUCCAAGUAACCAGCAACCAACAACACAGCCACAACAGCAGCAGCCUCAGUCACAGCAGCCACAGCCCCCACCUCCACCCCAGCAGCAACCUCCGUUGUCUCAGUGUAGCAUGAACAACAGCUUCACCCCAGCACCUAUGAUCAUGGAAAUACCUGAAUCAGGCAGCACUGGUAACAUAAGUAUCUAUGAGAGGAUUCCAGGGGAUUUUGGUGCUGGGAGCUAUUCACAACCAUCAGCCACAUUCAGUUUAGCCAAGUUGCAGCAGCUGACAAACACCAUUAUGGACCCUCAUGCCAUGCCUUAUAGCCAUUCUCCUGCUGUGACUUCCUAUGCAACCAGCGUUUCUCUAUCCAACACGGGACUGGCUCAGCUAGCUCCCUCUCACCCCUUGGCAGGCACCCCACAAGCACAAGCCACCAUGACACCCCCACCAAACCUGGCAUCCACCACCAUGAACCUCACGUCGCCUCUGCUUCAGUGUAACAUGUCUGCUACCAACAUUGGUAUUCCCCACACCCAGAGGCUGCAGGGGCAGAUGCCAGUCAAGGGGCACAUUUCCAUCCGCUCCAAAUCCGCCCCCCUGCCCUCGGCAACCGCACACCAGCAGCAGCUCUACGGCCGCAGCCCUCCCGCCGUGGCCAUGCAGCCUGGGCCUCGUACCUUAGCUGUCCAGCGGGGCAUGAACAUGGGAGUCAACCUGAUGCCAACCACCCCGUACAACGUGAACUCCGUGAACAUGAACACCCUGAACGCCAUGAACAGCUACAGAAUGACACAGCCCAUGAUGAACAGCAGUUACCAUAGUAACCCUGCCUACAUGAACCAGACAGCACAGUAUCCUAUGCAGAUGCAGAUGGGAAUGAUGGGGAGCCAGGCCUAUACCCAGCAGCCUAUGCAGCCAAAUCCUCAUGGAAACAUGAUGUACACUGGCCCCUCCCAUCACAGCUACAUGAACGCUGCUGGGGUGCCCAAGCAGUCUCUCAAUGGACCAUACAUGAGAAGAUGAGCAAGAUGAACUUGCAUCCUAAAAACUGAAAUAUAUAUAAAUAAAGGAACCUUUUAUACUGACGAACCAGAGAAAAUGGACCUUUUUCCAGUUAAAAUAUUGCUGUAGAUUUAGAGGGAUUUUCUUUGGUUUAUUUUAUUUUUUAGGAAGCCUGGUCUUUUAUUUUUUGUUGGUUUUUUUUUUUUUUGUUUGUUUGUUUGUUUCUUUUGGUUUUUUCCUUCACAAUCCUCAAACAUUUUACAGCUAAAAAUCAUUUACAGAUGUUUUUUAGAGGGGAAAACAUGCACAAAAUCUUUUCAUAAUUUAAAAAGAGCCUUACUUUGCUGACAAAGUGGACAGACUAUGUGUAACAGUGAAAUCAUCUUUCUAAAUUUUUUUUUAAAUUUGUCCUUCUCCCUUCCCUGUGCCCCUCUGUAUGCAGUUUCUAGUGCUGCAGCCAUGUAAAAUGUUUGACAUCUCAAAGAAUAACAACCCUUCCCUCUAAACCCCACCUGGCAUUUCCUACUUCUAGAAGGAGGCACUUAUCGGGAGACUUGGAAGGGGACACAGAGGAUAAAUGAAGAUCUUUAUUUCUGCAAGUCAGGAAAAAUUGUUAAUCUUUCAUUUUCCCUGACUCCCUCACCUUCAGUAAAAUUUGGAGUUAGGUGUAAACAAUAAACUAUUCUCAUUGGUGUUUUUGUAGAUGAGUUAAUUGAAAUUGUAUGUUUCAUGC